AAGUAUUGAGUUUCUGCUAGUAUAUCAAGGACUUAUGAGAACUGAAAAGAAAAAAACGAAAAAAGGAAUUCUCAUAGUUCAUUGAAUUAAGGGAGGGCCAUUCGUGGGGGGUUCAUGGAAGAGUUGGGUUCGAUUCCCUUUAUACGCGAUGUGGCGAAAAAGACUGAUUCAACGAAAUAUGCCAUGCCAGCAUUAAGAUUUAAAACGUGUCGUCUACUUCCAGGAAAUGUUCGGAACAGAGAACUUUCUCUAAUCCAACGUCGUAUUCUCCGAAGAUUGAGGAACAAGAGGAGAUCCAUUAAAAGAAAUCUUUCUCGGAGAGAAAAUCUAAACAGUAACAUCAAAUCACAAACUACACGAAAGUUGUCUCUUUAUUAUGGGGAUUUACCCAUAAGGGAGAUGCACAGAGGAAGAGAACGAACUUCAUAUAUCCCUUUUUUACUCAAUCAAGAAACAAGAUCGGACGUGAUUCCGGUUCGUCUCCAUUUUAGUGACACUCUUCCUCAAGCAAGGCAGCCGAUAAGUCAUCGAAGGGUUUGUUUGAAUAAUGGACUGGUAACCAUUACUCAUUUGAAAGUUUCCCACGGUGAUCUAAUAUCUUUUAAAGAAAAUGACGCGAGAACCCGCGGUUUUGAAAUAAGGAGAUCUUUCUAUAUCGACAUAUCAGUUGGAAAAAUCAUAGGCAAAUUCCUAUCGGCCAUAUCAGUUGGAAAAAGAAGAGGCAAAUUCCUACCGGCCAGAAUCUGGAGAAGAACAAAAAAAGAAUGGUUCCGCUUACUCACAACUCAGAGGGGAUGCCGCUUACUACUCAAAUCCAAGGAAUUGCAAAAGUUGCGUUCUUAUAUGCAAGAAGAAGACUUUGAAAGAACAAAGAAGUUUGGAUCCGCAAAAGUAUGCUUAGGCAGUUCCUUCGCUGAGCACAACAGAAUGAAGAGGAAUUUGUUUCAUUUCAAAUACUUCUUCUUAUUGAAAAGAGGGAAGGAGAAAAACCGAAAUCUUCCUACUCGAACAAUAAGUCCUUUUGUAGAAAAGUCUUCUUUAUAUAGUAAUUCGACCUAUUGCUCCGGAUCCCCGUUUACUAGGAAGAUAAGAAUCAAAAGGAUCGAACUACCUACUCAUUAUUCGGAGGUGAAUCAUAGAACACUAAAAGCUGUGGUAUCUUAUGGACCUAACAUAGGUCACAUCCCUCACGACAUAAGAUUGAAAGAUCCAAACCUUCCUCUUCGGAGCGGAAACGGACGUGGCCAAAACAUAUAAAAAAAGAUCGGCCUAGUCGCUCAUAGGGACAUAUCUAUCCGGAUAGAGGAUAGUCUAGAUCAAUUUUGAGAAAAAUCUCUCUCUAUAUAGAUAGGUAUCUCUGUGGAUAGAGAUAAAGAUAGGGAUCCCUAUAAAUCGAAAUAUAUGGAAAAAGUGCACUUUUUGACUACUACUACUAUUUCUUAGACUUUUUCAAGGAAACAUCGUUUUUUCGAUUUUGACUGAAUUGGUCGGAGCGUAGACGAGCAAGCAGAGCCCAGGAAAGAGGUCAGAUCGUCAUAGAGCAGUCGACUAUAAGUAUAAGACUGCUGGCCUGAGAGAAGGCAGUCUCUCUCGGGAAACAUGGCCCAAUUUCUCUUCUUUCUUUUCACACGGGCAACAAUUGGGAAUAAAACAGACCAUGAACAUGAGUUUAAAAUGUAAAAAAAAGGGAAGAGUGCAUUCUCCACUUUCUUAUCUCGAAAAUGCGUAAUAUAGUGAUGUCAUGUGUCUGUUUCUCUGAAAAGGUGGGUCGGCCCUUAGGGCAAACAGUAGUGCCAGGUUCCAUUGUGGAACGGUCGUUUGCCGGUGACCUUUGUCCGCUGUAGUACGAGUGACUGGCGCAUCGCAUCCAAUCUCUCAUGUCAAUGAGUCAGUUAGAAAACAGCUCCAAAUGAAUCAGUGAUUUCCCCUUUAUUUCCCUCGGAACCAAGGGGAACAAGACGAGAUUCCGUGUUCACUUAUCGAUUCCAAAAUGAAUCGAAUUCGUGAACUUUAUAACGAUAUUACUCCUCUUCCUUACGGCUCCCCUGUGCCUAGUGAUUUCUCGUGCUCGAUUCAUCCCAUUCUAGUAUAUCUACUCGGCUAUCCUUAGAAAAGUCAAAAGAUAAGGAG